GCGAGCGACUCAAAGCGGGACGCCGGCCAUUCGUUUUGAGCUUUCUUAUGUUAACCGAGACCGUGGCUCUACGGGACUAUUGCAUCUACAUCUCCACGAGAUUAGCUUUCUGGUGGUGCCAGAAAUUCCGACUUUUAUGCGCUUAAAUUGCACGCAAAAACUGAAACAGAAAAGAAUAGAUUUUAUAUAUAAUGAGGGGGAGAAGAGGCAGGCCGCCCAAAACCCUGCUGAUGCAGGAACCCUCUUCGGGGCCAGUACGUGGUCUUAGACCCCGCCGAGGGUUAAGGGUAAGAGGAAGAGGUAGUACCGACGACGAUUUUGUGACUCCCAAGCGAGGAAAUCACCAUUCAUCGCGGGGCCGAAGGAAAGUUGGAUCCACAGGAUCAAGGGGUAGAGGCAGGGGCAGGGGAUCUGGAAGAGGUAGGGGAAGACGGAGUGCCGCUAGCUCAGUGGUUUAUGAUGACCAUGAAAGUGAUGAAGAGGAAGACGCAGUAAGUCUAGCAUCAGAGGAGGAUGAGUACAUUGAAGAAGAACCUAUAACGGAUGACGAAGAUGAGGUCAUCGAUAAUCAGUCGGACUAUCUUGAAGAACUCCCCGAUGAUGAUGAUGCCAGCUACUGUACGGAGAGUAGCCGAGGCAGCACCCCAGGUCGGAGGAGGCGAAGAGCUCGUCGUCCGCCCUCCCCCAUCCUGGAGCAGAAAGAGAUCCCUGCUCUGGAGCUGCCCAAGUCCUCUGAAGACCUCCUCAUUCCCCCUGCACAGCUCCUCAAUGCUUCAGCUAUUUAUGAAGUUCUGCGCAACUUCAGCACUGUCCUGCGCCUCUCACCCUUCCGCUUUGAGGACUUCUGUGCCGCUCUAGUGGGCCAGGAGCAGUGCACGCUGAUGGCGGAGACACACAUCGCACUGCUGAAGGCCAUCCUGCGUGAGGAAGACUCCUCCAACACCACGUUUGGCCCAGCUGACCUCAAGGACAGCGUCAACUCCACGCUUUACUUUGUUGACGGCAUGACCUGGCCCGAGGUGGUACGAGCUUACUGCGAGAGCGACCUAGAGAAUGGUGACGUGCUGCCACACCUGGAGGCUGAUGACUACCCAUUCGGGCCACUGGAGAGUAAGGUGAAGGUGCUGCAGUUCCUUGUGGACCAGUUCCUCACCACCAACCUGGCACGUGAGGAGCUGAUGUCAGAAGGUGUUGUGCAGUAUGACGACCACUGCCGCGUGUGCCACCGUCUCGGAGACCUGCUGUGCUGCGAGACCUGCUCGGCUGUCUAUCACCUUGAAUGUGUGAAGCCUCCUCUGGAGGAGGUGCCAGAGGACGAGUGGCAGUGUGAAAUCUGUGUGGCACAUAAGGUGCCUGGUGUCAGCGACUGUGUCAUGGAGGUCCAAAAGAGUCGACCAUAUCUCCGGCAAGAGCCCAUUGGCUACGACCGCCACCAGAGGAAGUACUGGUUUCUUAACCGGAGGAUCAUCGUGGAGGAGGAUGGGGAGGAAGAGGAGGCAGGCAAGUGCAUCUGGUAUUACAGCUCCAGAGUACAGCUGGAGGAGCUCCUGGAGGUGCUGGAUAAGGAGUUCUGGGAGAACGACCUGUGUGCUGUGCUGGAGGAGCUGCAAGAAGAGAUCCGCGCUCACAUGGACAUCACUGAAGAACUCACCAACAAGGCCUGUGGGACCAACAAGAGCUACCUGGCAGUCGCCAAUGCGGAGAUCGUGGAUAGGCAGAAAGCGCAACAGGAGGUGGAGGUUGGCGAGGUGAUCCAGCGCGGUGCUGAGAAGGGCAGACAGGGCCCAAAGGUCAACGAAGAAAACGAGGGUGAUAACGUGGCCUCCCCUGUCACUGAUGAGUCUUGUCCACAGCAGGACUCUGGUGACGUGAGUGAGAAGACUGUGGCUGAUGUGGCAACACCCCCUGUUGGUGAGGACAGCAACAACAGUGUGCCCGGGCACCCUCAGGCUGAUCUGCCUUGCCUGAUCAAAGCCAACUCCCAGAGCCCUCAAGGGGCCACUCCUGCCACCUCUUCCACUGCAGAGGAACCUGGAGAUGGGGCUGAGGUGGAAGGGGAUGGGGAAGACAAAUGCUUGGAGGUGGGUUCCCGUGGCGAUGGAGAACCUGCCCUGGAGAGGGAGCCGCCACAGACGGCUGACGAGAACAGCUGCAGCAGCCACUUCUCCAUCUCGGAGUGCCUGAGGGCUCCUGAGGAGCCAGACCUGGUGGACCGCUCCUCCCAGUCCUCGCUCACCAGCCAGGAUGACACCGGUGACGGUAGAGAAAAUGCAGAUGGCACGCUGAUGGGCUCGUCCAUGCGCAUGGUGACACGCCUACGUAACCCUGACAGCAAACUGAGCCAACGCAAGAUCAUGCAGGACAAAGACAGCAGCUCCCAGGAUGGCAGCAAAGUGCUUAAAGAGACCUCUCUGCCACUAUCCUGCUCCAGCCUUGUCAGGAAGGACCCGGCCGGGAAGAGCAGCUCUGGUGGCGGACUUUUCAAGCUCGGCCAGGAGGGCAAGUUCCGCGUCUACCACAACCAGUACAGCACGAACACACUGGCCCUGAACAAGCACCAGCACCGUGAAGACCACGACAAGCGGCGCCACCUCUCACACAAGUUCUGUAUGACACCUGCCGGCGAGUUCAAGUGGAACGGUUCUGUGCAUGGCUCCAAGACGCUCACUGUGUCCACACUGAGGCUCACCAUCAUUCAGCUGGAGAACAAUGUGCCCGCGCCCUUCCUGCACCCCAACUGGGCCUCGCACAGAUCAAACUGGAUAAAGGCCGUCCAGAUGUGCAGCAAAGCAAGAGAGUUUGCCUUGGCUCUGGCCAUUCUGGAGUGUGCAAUCAAGCCAGUGGUCAUGCUCCCAGUGUGGAAGGAUUCUCUGGGUCACACAAGGCUUCAUCGGAUGACCUCCAUGGAGCGGGAGGAGAAAGAGAAGGUGAAAAAGAGAGAGAAAAAAUUGGAGGAUGAAGAGACCAUGCAGCAGGCCACGUGGGUGAAGUACACUUUCCCCAUUAAGCACCAGGUGUGGAAGCAGAAGGGUGAGGAGUACAGAGUGACUGGUUAUGGUGGCUGGAGCUGGGUUAGCAAGACUCACGUCCAUCGCUUUGUCCCCAAACUACCUGGAAAUACAAAUGUCAACUACCGAAAAGCACUUGAGGCAGCUAAAACUGGCAAAGAAAACCAAGCAUCCUGCCCACAGAAACAAAACAACCCUUCAAAAAUGCAAGAAGUCUCAGAUUCCACCCACAAUCCCACAGACAAUGACAAACAGCAAAAUUCAAUUCCUGAUUCCCCAAAGGAUCAUUCAUCUGGUGAGGAGCAAGUAGUGAAAAAGAAUAAUCAAAAAGAGGAGGAGAAGAUGGAGGUUCAAGAGAAUACUUCGGAAAGGCAAGAUGUCCUUACCAAGAAUGAGUCUUCUGAACAGAUGGACAUGGGUGCUUCUGACUCCCUCAGUAUCACUGAAGAAAAAGUUAAUAUUAGAACACCCUCGCCUUUGUUGAAUGAUCCGUCUGUCAAAGGGCAGGAUGGUGUUGUUGAAGAGUUCAAAGGCUGUGCAGCUACUCAGCAUGAAGACCACGUUGACUAUGAAGUGGUAAAUGUAAGUGAAGGCUUCCAACUACGCACAGCUUACAAGAAGAAGGUCAAGGCCUCAAAGCUGGAUGGCCUUUUGGAGCGGCGGGUCAAGCAGUUCACGUUGGAGGAGAGGCAGAGGCUUGAGAAGUUCAAGCAGGCUGCCAUCGCCAAACCCACUGCCAAUGAGAAGGUAAAGGAGGAUCAGGAGAAGACUACCUCAGCCCUAAACCAAGAGGUAAAAGCUGAAAGAGCCACCUUUGAAACUACAAAAGUUGCCAAAGCUGAUGGGAUGGGACACCCAGUGAAAAAGGACAAAGACCUAGUCAUUCAAAAGCUUGAUUUUGACCAAGAGGAGCUAAAGCCCAGUUCUUCAGAACAAAUUAAUAAUCUUGAUGUCAGGUUGGGCUGCAGUCCAAUGCCUGAUGCAGCAGGUGUGUUUCCUGUUUAUCAAGGACAGAAAACUGCUGAGCCAGGGCACAAAGCAGGCAAUGGAGCAUUAAUAACGAAUGCUUCUGAUCUUAAUGGAAGCUCUCAGAAAGAUGUUGAACCAAGUCUUAACAUGAAAACUGAAAAGAUGUGUCCCAAAUAUGAGGAUACAGAGAAGAAAAAUACCAUGGAAAAAAGUUCUUCUGUGGGUGAGAAUGGUUUAAAUGUUGGCAAAACUUUGCCAGUGCAUGUGAAUGGGAAAGAUGGUUCCAUAGACUCUCCACCCACAAAUCUGACUGAUGGUGGCAGUUCAAAUGAGGGAAUGAGACAGUUACCACCAAAAGAACCCCUGAAAUCAUUAAUGAAUGGUGACUUGACACAAGAGACUCAGAAAGAGAGGGCUAAACCUGAUGAAGAACAAAGGAUGGCCAAGUCAGACUCUGAGUAUUUACCACCUCAGAAGGUAGCCAGGCUGGAGAACAACACAGAUGGCAUUGCUGACUCUACUGUUAGUUCUUCUCUCUCCCAGCUUUCCCCAGAAGCUAUCUUAAAGCCAGACAUGCUUAUUAAUAGCGCCAAGGUGGUGCCAAUAGAUACUGAAUUGACCAAGCCUAAAUCUCUCAGCCCGUCGCCUGUUCCCUCUGCAGAGGAGUCCAGUCUAAGCAGUGAUGUUGCUGAGAACAGCAGUAGCAGCAGUAGUGGGAUGAAGACCAUAAUCACGCAAGUCACCACAACAACCACUACAACCACUACAUUGUCUACAGAGUCAUGCACUGUCCAAACAGCUGAAAUGUCAGCAUCACACGAUUCUACAGCUAAGAAUGCUUCUUCCUUGUUUGUAUCAACUGAACCAAAUGUGGAGUCCACCAUGUCAGUCUCUUCUCUAUCCACUACAACUUCUACCACUGUCAUGAAGGUUACUAACCCAGCCUAUGGAGCCAAGGUAACAGAGGAAAGCAAGACUGUGGUCACAGCAACGCUAACUAAUGCUAAAUCAGGACCCUCAGGCGCUUAUGUAACCUCCAUGACUGUAAGUAAGGAGUAUUCUACCAGGGACAGGGUACGAUUGAUGAAAUUCUCUCGCUCCAAGAAAACCCGGUCUGGAACUGCAUUGCCUUCUUACCGCAAGUUUGUAACCAAGAGCAGCAAGAAGAGCAUUUUUGUACUUCCCAAUGAUGAACUGAAAAAGCUUGCGAGACGGGCGGGUAUCCGUGAGGUGCCCAUCUUUAACUACAAUGCUAAACCAGCUUUAGACAUCUGGCCCUAUCCAUCCCCAAGACCUACAUUUGGAAUCACUUGGAGGUAUCGGCUUCAGACAGUGAGGUCUUUGGCCGGAGUGAGCUUGAUGUUACGACUGCUCUGGGCAUGUCUCAGGUGGGAUGACAUGGCAGUGAAGCCCUCUCCUGCUGUGGGAACAACACGUACAGAAACCUCUGACACUGAUAUCACUACCACAGAGAUUAUCAAACGGAGAGAUGUGGGACCUUAUGGCAUCCGUUCAGAGUACUGCAUUAGGAAAAUAAUUUGCCCCCUUGGGGUACCUGAAACUCCCAAAGAAACCCCAACGCCUCAGAGAAAGGGCCUGCGUUCCAGUGCUCUGCGGCCAAAGAAGCCAGAACCAUCUAAACAGACAGGGCCUGUGGUCAUUGAGACCUGGGUGCCAGAAGAGGAUCUGGAGCUCUGGGAAAUACGAGCCUUUACUGAAAGGGUGGAGAGGGAAAAGGCACAGGCAGCAGACCCAGCUAAGGUUAGUGUGCAGAAGAAAGCUGAGGAGGUCAAGGCCCUAUUGGAAGCUCAGCUAAAGCACCAGAGAUUGGCAGCCCAGCAGAAACGGUUGGAGCAGCAGAAACCUGGAGCCACUGCAACCUCAACGACUUUGACUAGCGUAGCCACCAGCGCUGUGUCAUCCACCCAGAAGGUGGUGGUAGGCUCCCUGACCAGUCCAGUCACUCCUGGGACGAAAGUGGUACUAGCUACCAAGUUAGGAACUCCAGUGACAUUCCAGCAGAACAAGAACUUCCAGCAGACAUUUGCCUCUUGGGUCAAGCAAGGCCAAGGAAAUACAGCCUCCACCACUUCCACUGCCUCUGUGGCAGCAAGUAGUGUCAGCACGUCUGGGCAAACAUUCCAGAUUGCUGCUGCCCCAGGCCCCAUGGCCGGCAAUGUCAUCACCACCAAACUACCUCUGCCUGCCAACAGCAAGAUAGUCACAGUGAACGUGCCAACCACACAAGGAGGUGUAGUCCAGGUGCAGCAGAAAGUGGUGGGCAUCAUUCCAUCAAGUACAGCUGCCAGUGCACAGUCCUUCUCCUCAUUCCAGACGCGUUCAGCCAACAUCAACAUCAGGCCCAACACCAGCACCUCUACACAGCAGGUCACCACAACUGGAACCCCACUCCGGCCUGGGAUGACAGUGGUCCGUUCCCCUCUCCAGCAGGCAACAGCUCUGGGCAAGACCAUCAUCCGCACCCCCCUAGUGGUUCAACAAGGUAUUCUUCCUGCAAGUCAGGGUCAGCAGGUGGUAACUCAGAUCAUCCGAGGAGCACCUGUGUCCAAGGCUGUGACCAGCACCAGCCCAGCACAGGCCAGUGCAGGGCCUCGGGUAGUGGGUUCUCCCCCUCAGCCCUCCGCCCCAGGCCUGCCUCAGGUGCCUGGCACUGCUCGGCCGCAGCAGGGCCAGGUUAAGCUCACCUUGGCUCAGCUUACGCAACUCACGCAAGGUGCUCAGACAUAUCCAACUGACAUUUUGGAGAAGGGAGGGAAUCCAGGGUUGACUGUGGUGAUCCAGGGUCAGGGACAGACCACAGGCCAGCUCCAGGUCAUCCCUCAGGGGGUGACGGUCAUACCAGGUCCUGGUCAGCAGCUUAUGCAGGCAGCCAUGCCCAAUGGCCAGGUCCAGCGUUUCCUCUUCACUCCUACAGCUUCUGCACCAGCACAAGCUCCUGCAGCACCCACUGCACAAACACCCAACACCUCAGCCACCCCAGCUACCACUACUGGCACGACCGCCAUGCCUACAACACCUGCACAGCCAGUGAUGCAACCUGGAGUACAGGCCCGACCUACUCAGCCCUCCAACAUUCCAACAUCUCCUUCACUACUGACAUCCCAAUCCACCCAAAAUGCAGCUGCCCAAACCCCAACACCUUCCUCCCCAAUCCCUACUCUGCAACCCCAGCUUUCUUCUCCUCAGCUGCAGCCACAACCCCAAAUUCAACCGCAAGCCCUCUCGCAACCCCAAAUUCAACCGCAGGCCCUCUCGCAACCCCAAAUUCAACCGCAGGCCCUCUCGCAACCCCAAAUUCAACCGCAGGCCCUCUCGCAACCCCAAAUUCAACCGCAGGCCCUCUCGCAACCCCAAAUUCAACCGCAGGCCCUCUCGCAACCCCAAAUUCAACCGCAGGCCCUCUCGCAACCCCAAAUUCAACCGCAGGCCCUCUCGCAACCCCAAAUUCAACCGCAGGCCCUCUCGCAACCCCAAAUUCAACCGCAGGCCCUCUCGCAACCCCAAAUUCAACCGCAGGCCCUCUCGCAACCCCAAAUUCAACCGCAGGCCCUCUCGCAACCCCAAAUUCAACCGCAGGCCCUCUCGCAACCCCAAAUUCAACCGCAGGCCCUCUCGCAACUCCAAAUUCAACCGCAGGCCCUCUCGCAACUCCAAGUUCAAACCCAAGUCCUCUCGCAGCCCCAAGUUCAAACCCAAGUCCUCUCGCAGCCCCAAACUCAACCUCAAAUUCAAUCCCAACUGCAGCUUCAACCACAGUCACAGCCCCAAAUCCAGCCUCAACAUCAACCACAACUUCAGCCCCAGCCCUACCUCCAGCUUCAGGCACAACCUCCAGCUCACAUAUCCACUCAAACACCCAUUCAGCCAUCUCCUUCCUUACCUGUCUCUCAUUUAGCCCAGGUGACCUCCCCUCCAGCGCAGGUAGCCACUCUCUCUGUAGCCCCACAGGUGACACAAACUACAGUCGCACAGGUUCGCCCUCAGCUUCAGCUUCCUGCACAGCUUCUCAGUGUGCCUGGGCUCCAGCAGCAAGUGCUCUCGCACAUCCAGAACCAGGUGGCAGCCCAGCUUCAGGCCCAGGCCCAGCAGGGGACUCUACCCCAGCAGAUCAAACUGCAGCUACCCAUUCAGAUCCAGCAGCAGGGUGGCGGUCAGGUGCAGACCCACCAAAUUCAGAACGUAGUGACCAUCCAGACAGCCAGUGUCCAGGAGCAGCUCCAACGCAUCCAGCAGCUGCGAGAGCAACAACAGAAGAAGAAACAGCAACAGGAGGCUAAGAGGGAGCAUGUGCAGCAGGCCACCAGCCAGAGUGACAUGCUGCAGAAACAGGUGGUGAUGAAGCAGAAUGCAGUCAUAGAGCACUUAAAGCAGAAGAAGUCAAUGACUCCUUCAGAGAGGGAGGAGAACCAGCGCAUGAUCGUGUGCAACCAGGUGAUGAAGUUCAUACUGGACAAGAUUGACAAGGAUGAGAAGCAAGCGGCCAAAAAGCGGAAACGGGAGGAGUCAGUGGAGCAGAAGCGCAGCAAGCAGAAUGCUAGCAAGCUCUCUGCCCUGCUCUUCAAACACAAAGAGCAGCUCAAAGCUGAGAUUCUGAAAAAGAGGGCACUGCUGGACAAGGAGCUGCAGGUAGAGGUGCAGGAGGAAUUGAGGAAGGACCUGAGUAAACUGAGGAGAGAGAAGGAGAAGGCCCAGGCGGCCGCCUCUCAGGCAGCAGCAGCGCCGCAGCUGCCAGCGCCCAGGCAACCACCCUCACCGCACCCGCCGCUGGUCACAUCGCCCACGUCCAGCCACAAACGCAAGCGCGAUGAGGACCGAGACCUACCCUCCUCCAAGAAUAAGAAGAAGAAGAUGAUCUCCACGUCCUCCAAGGACAGCAAAAGGGACACCAAACUGUACUGUGUGUGUAAAACGCCUUACGAUGAGUCCAAGUUUUAUAUUGGUUGCGAUCUCUGCUCGAAUUGGUAUCAUGGCGAUUGUGUGGGGAUCACAGAGAAGGAGGCCAAGAAGAUGGACGACUACAUCUGUAUGGAGUGUAAACGAGCCCAGGAGGGUGGCUCCGAGGAGCUCUACUGCAUUUGCCGGACGCCAUACGAUGAGUCCCAGUUCUACAUCGGCUGCGACCGCUGCCAGAACUGGUACCAUGGCCGCUGCGUGGGCAUCCUGCAAAGUGAGGCCACUCACAUCGACGAGUACGUGUGUCCUCAGUGCCAGUCCACGGAGGAGGCCAUGACCGUGCUGACACCGCUCACAGACAAGGACUAUGAGGGCCUGAAGCGAAUCCUCCGCUCCUUACAGGCCCACAAGAUGGCUUGGCCGUUCCUGGAACCUGUAGACCCUAAUGAUGCUCCAGAUUACUAUGGAGUCAUAAAGGAACCAAUGGACCUGUCCACAAUAGAGCAGAGGAUACAGAAGCGAUAUUACAACAAAUUAACAGAGUUUGUAGCGGACAUGACCAAAAUAUUUGACAACUGCCGCUACUACAACCCCAGUGACUCACCUUUUUACCAGUGCGCUGAGUUCUUGGAAUCCUUCUUUGUACAGAAGCUCAAAGCUUUUAAAGCAAGCAGAUUGUGAUGUCAUGAGUGUGAAGUGUAGCUGGAAUCUGUGCUGAAUGGGUGGAGUUUCUCUUUUAGAGAAUCAUGGAAUUUGCUGUUUUAUGAACAGCUUAAUCCCCAUGUAAUUUUAUAUUUAAGUGAAUUGAAUAAUGUUUCUAAAGACAUCAGGAAAUAAAACACCUAAGUAAAAGCCAAAAAUCCAGACAGACCUUCCCUGACAAUCACUCUAUGGCAGCCAUGUUGUUAAACAAUGAGUGCAGAGUAUUUUCUUUUUUGUUUUUGGAGUCUCUUGGUAAUGUUCACAUAUGAAUAAUUGUGGUCAAUGUAAAACAUGGAGAAUAGGCAUUUUGUGUACUUGAAGAUUUAAAGAUAUUUUAUUUGUAUUUUCCCAACAACUUCAGUGAUUCUCACUCUCAUAUGAUCACCCUGGCACUGAAACAGUAUGUAUAUUUUAUUGUAAGAGAUAUGGAUUUGGGUGCUAUUUGGCUCUCUGAUCAGCUGUACUGGUUUACCAAUUUGUCUGUUUGGGUGUCUGUUUCGAGGACCCCCAGACUACAUGAUUGAUCACAUGUGAGCAUAGCUUUAAUAUGAUGCUCAAGACUUAUCUGUAACACAUAGAUCAGUCUAAUGUUACUAAAGUGUUUGUAUAUAAAAGUAUGUAUGGGAAUAAAAUAUGGUUUUAUAUCCUUUUGUGAAGGAUUUUAUUUUUAUGACCAUGGUGAGUGACUGAAAGAGAAUUGGAGAGUUUAAUACAUGAGGGACUUUAGAUAUUUAGUCACUGUACUAGUACAACAUUUGCUUGAAGUUUUUAGUGAAGAAAAACAAUUAAUAGGCUUUGUUUGGAGGUUUUGAUUUCUCUGAUGACCAACCAGCCACCCAAAUGGGCAAAUUCUAGAAACACUGAGUGACUAAAAAGCAUUCUGUGCAUAUUAUGCCAACAUGGCUGCCAUGUUCUCUCCCAUUACUUCAGGGUGGGUGUGUGUGUGUGCGUGUGCGCCUUCUUUUGCUGUAUGUCUUAUUUCAUUUUGUCUUGUUCUUGUCUCAUUGUCUGCUGUCCAAUAAAAACAUCUAAGGGCUCUUA